UGCAGGCUGCCCCGGCGCAGACUAGGGCCGGGCUGGGCGAGCGCACGGCCAUGGCCCCGUGGCUGCAGCUGUGCUCUGUCUUCUUUACGGUCAACGCCUGCCUCAACGGCUCACAGCUGGCGGUGGCUGCGGGCGGCUCCAGCAGGGCAAGGGGCGCCGACACCUGCGGCUGGAGGGGAGUGGGGCCGGCCAGCAGAAACAGCGGGCUGCACAACAUCACCUUCAGAUAUGACAACUGCACCACUUACUUGAAUCCAGUGGGGAAGCACGUGGUCGCCGAUGCCCAGAACAUCACCAUCAGUCAGUAUGCUUGCCAUGACCAAGUGGCAGUCACCAUUCUUUGGUCCCCAGGGGCCCUUGGCAUCGAAUUCCUAAAAGGAUUUCGGGUAAUACUGGAGGAGCUGAAGUCGGAGGGAAGACAGUGCCAACAACUGAUUCUAAAGGACCCGAAGCAGCUCAACAGUAGCUUCAAAAGAGCUGGAAUGGAAUCUCAGCCUUUCCUGAAUAUGAAAUUCGAAACAGAUUACUUUGUAAAGAUUGUCCCUUUUCCUUCCAUUAAAAAUGAAAGCAAUUAUCACCCUUUCUUCUUCAGAACCCGCACCUGUGACCUGCUGUUGCAGCCGGACAACCUGGCCUGUAAACCCUUCUGGAAGCCUCGAAACCUCAACAUCACCCAGCACGGUUCGGACAUGCAGGUGUCCUUCGACCACGCGCCCCACACCUUCGGCUUCCGUUUCUUCUAUCUUCAUUAUAAGCUCAAGCAUGAAGGAACCUUUAAGCGAAAAACCUGUAAACAGGAGCAAAAUACAGAGACAACAAGCUGCCUCCUUCAAAAUGUAUCUCCGGGGGAUUAUAUAAUUGAGCUGGUGGAUGACACUAAUACAACAAGAAAAGUGAUGCAUUAUGCCUUAAAACCAGCACACUCCCCGUGGGCCGGGCCCAUCAGAGCUGUUGCCAUCACUGUGCCCCUGGUCGUCAUAUCAGCAUUUGCAACGCUCUUCACCGUCAUGUGCCGCAAGAAGCAACAAGAAAAUAUAUAUUCACAUUUAGAUGAAGAGAGUUCUGAGUCCUCCAUGUACACCACAGCGCUCCCCAGGGAGAGGCUCCGGCCACGGCCCAAGGUCUUUCUCUGCUAUUCCAGUAAAGAUGGCCAGAAUCACAUGAACGUUGUCCAGUGUUUUGCCUACUUCCUCCAGGACUUCUGUGGCUGUGAGGUGGCUUUGGACCUGUGGGAAGACUUCAGCCUCUGCAGAGGAGGGCAGAGAGAAUGGGUCAUCCAGAAGAUCCACGAGUCCCAGUUCAUCAUCGUGGUGUGUUCCAAAGGCAUGAAAUACUUCGUAGACAAGAAGAACUACAAGUACAAAGGAGGUGGCCGAGACUCGGGGAAAGGGGAGCUCUUCCUGGUGGCAGUGUCUGUCAUUGCCGAGAAGCUCCGCCAGGCCAAGCAGAGCUCAUCCGCGGCACUCAGCAAGUUCAUCGCCGUCUAUUUUGAUUAUUCCUACGAGGGAGACGUUCCUGGCGUCCUAGACCUGAGCACCAAGUACAAACUCAUGGACAACCUUCCCCAGCUCUGCUCCCACCUGCACUCCCAGGACCGCAGCCUCCAGGAGGCGGGGCCCCACCCGGGCCGCGUCAGCAGGAGGAACUACUUCCGGAGCAAAUCAGGCCGCUCGCUGUACGUCGCCAUUUGCAAUAUGCACCAGUUUAUCGACGAGGAGCCUGACUGGUUUGAGAAGCAGUUUGUUCCCUUCCAUCCUCCUCCGCUCCGCUACCGGGAGCCAGUCCUGGAGAAGUUUGACUCAGGCCUGGUUUUAAACGACGUCCUGUGCAAGCCCGGACCCGAGAGCGACUUCUGCCUCAAGGCCGAGGCUGCCGUCCCCGGGGCGCCAGCCGACCCGCGCUCGGAGGGCCCGCAGUUGGGCUCUGACGAAGACGCCGAGGCCGGGCCUGUAGCGGGCGCCACCUCUGUCCUGCGGCCCCUGCUGCACACAGUGAAAGCUGCCGGCCCCUCAGACAUGCCGAGGGACUCGGGCAUCUACGACUCGUCCGUGCCCUCGUCAGAGCUGUCCCUGCCUCUCAUGGAGGGGCUGUCCACGGACCAAACGGAGACGUCUUCGCUGACGGAGAGCGUAUCGUCCUCCUCGGGCCUGGGUGAGGAGGACCCUCCUGCCCUUCCUUCCAAGCUCCUUGCCUCUGGGGCAUGCAAAGCAGAACCUGGUUGCUGCAGCUACACUGGUGAACUCCACGCUGUUGCCCCUUUGUAACAAAAUGGAAGAGUCUAAGCAUUGCCACUUUAGCUGCCGCCUCUCGCUGGUUCCCCAGCUCAUCUCUCUGGGUAUGUGGCCCACUUGGAGCUGAGAUCUCUAAGAAUAUUCAGAGUGAAAUCUGGCCAGUACUUGCUCUCCUUUCCUCUACUCUAUCAGAUAUAUUGGCAGAGUCUCCAGUUUUCUGAAACCAUAUGGAGCUCUGAAAGGCAUGUCCAUAAUGUCUGACAGCAACUUGCCAUGUUAGGUCAGACUUUGGAUUAGAGCCAAUUCUGGGAGGUGGGGAGGAAACAUGUAAAGAGAAACAGGAAAAUACCCGCACUGAUCAUUCAGACUUAAUUUAUCUGCACAAACUUUGCCUAUUCACUGUUGGCUACUUUGAUUUGAAAUGCUUUGUGGAAAAAGCACUUUUGAUGCCACUACAGCCUCAGAAAUCAAGUGCCAGUCUCUAUGGAACCCAUAGUGUUACAGGUGAUGUUCCUUUCCAUUUUUGGUGUGGAAUUUAUGAUACCAUUUAUGAUGCCAUGGGUGUUAAAAAAAAAAAAGCUGAGUUAAAGGUCAAGAAGGUGACUGAAUAUACAAUCACCUUUCAUAAAAUGAGUCUUUAUAUAUUAAUGGGUGGCAUGGCUGGCUGAGGUGGGGGUAUGCAGGACCAGGCUGACCAUCUAGCCCAUUUUUUCUUAGAUGGGUUGGUCAGUGUGCUGGAGCUCAGCACCCAGGGCCACCUCUUGGUCUGAAUAGGCAUCAUGCAGGGGCCAGAUCUGCCUGCCAGGUUUCCCUGGGUUCUAUUUACUGUGCUGUAUCUCAGAUGUUGGUGCCUAGAAGUUUAUUUUUAAGAGGCUAAUACCCAGCUGGGCUAUAUUACUGGAAGUUGUGAUUUGUGCUUUGGUUGGCCUCUCGUCUAAAGCUGUGUCCAUAAUAUUAGGGAUAAGAAUCCACUGAAAAACGGCAGUAUGUGGAGGUGGUAGCCAUUUAAUCUGCUGACUGGUUUUGACUAAUGACAAACCUCUUUUUAAGAAGGUGAAAAGGAGGGGAUUGUUACAAAGAUGAAUGUGCUCUUUGAGUAUCGUCUAAAGAAGCACGGGACCUGAAGUCAUUAAAUUCUUGAAUCUUAAAGUACUCCCCCGACAACCCAGCCUGUGAAUCAGGUUUCACUUUGUUUUUAUUGUACUUACCCAAUUAAAGAUUUGUCUCUUGUGUUCAUUUCUACCAAAAAUAGGUAUUUAGAGCUUAAAAGGAAAGAAUUUGCUAUAAAAAGGAAAAGUAAAUGUUCUGUUUUUUUGAAUGACUCUUCUUCAGAAUUUGUUUCCAGUGGAAAAAAAAUUGUUCUCUUCUCCUCCCCAUGACCUUGAGGGGGAGUGAGUGUUUUUUUUUUUUUUGCCAACUUUCAAAUGAAUACAAUUGGAUUUUGGCAUCUUAUUUUCUCAGCACCCAUACCAGAGACCAUGGUUUUCAUUCCUUCAGCAAGUAGGACCAAUAUUAAGGGGGAACACUGAGAAACAUCCUAGGGUGGGAAGUGGGGUGGGGCAGGACUUUUCCUUCCAAGCUCAUUCUCGGUAAGUGGGGAAGGGAAGGUUUGCAUCCCUACUGGAAAGGAGGUUUGUGUGUACCUUUGAUGCACAUGCCACACUCCCUGCUCUGUAAAGGCAGCUGGCAGCUUCUUGGGAGAAGAACGUGCUAGUCUGUUCUCUGGCAUCGAGUUUCCUGCAGCUGCUCUGAGGGAGAGACAAGUGGGCUGCAGAACUGUCUCCCCCAUAAAGCCAGGCAUCUUGUUGGAGAAGUGAUGUUUCAUGUUGUCACUGUGGAAUCUGAGAUGAGUGCAGAGCUCCUGCCCAUAUGUGACUGUCCUCUCAUUCCAUCGUCGGUGUGCGUUCUGGGAAGGAGAUUGGUCAGUUUUAUUAAUGUCUGAAAAUUCACUUUGAAACAUUUUCAAAGUGAUUUCUUACUGAAGCCAAGAAAUGGAGCAUGCCCUGAAGGAACUAUUAGGAGCUGCUUUCAGAUAGAUACUCAGUUUUGCGUGUGAAAGGAGGCAUCUCGGAGAAAGUGGCCCCAGGGACAGCAUGGAGGACUGGGGAGGAAGCGUCACCUGGGCUCCGUGAGUGGAGGAUGGAGAGCUUGCUAAAUAAAUUCAUUUAUUAUGAAAAUGGAUGGGAAAAGUUGUGCUAGUCCAAAAAUCAGGUGAUGCUUUGGGUAUUUAUUUUGAAAUACUAAUGAUGAUGAUAUUCAAUGAAAUCAAACUAUUGUACCAAGUAAUGAAAUGACAUCGUGAAUACCCAGCUCUGAAAAAGCUGAGAAGACCAACGACUUCCUGGUUCUGCCUUAGUUACACUUUUUUUUUUUUUUCACUUUCUGCCCUCACCCCCCUCCCCCUCAAUCUCAUGCUGGGAAUGGGGAUAGUUGCCUCACAGAUUAAGGCAAAACAUCUGUUUUAAGCAGAGCUGCGUUUUUUUGACUCUCACAUUGUCCUGGACAGUGGAAAUGAUAAGACAGAAUUCAGAUAAAGGUUCUGCCAAAUCACAGCCUUUUAGACAUUGGGGAAGCAAGAAUUAGAAUAUAGGGAUGAUGUCAGUGAAAGGCUUUCAUCCUGAGGGUUCAAGGCUCUGUGUGGCCAAGUUAGAUGAUAUCCUCUGGACAGAAGACCAGGGGUAGGUUCAGGGUUCCAGGUAACCAAGAAGCCUGCAGGUAGUUGAAAGGUAGGGAGCUAGUUGUCUAUCUUAACUUAACAGUGCCCUACAGAAAGGACUUAGUAUCUGACACAGUCAGCUUUGCCAGGAGAGUGACCAGAGAGGUGAAAGUCCGGGUAGAGACGUGUUCUCCUCCAGGUCAGCUACAAGCAACAGGGACCACCUGGAUGGGCCCUGCACUGGAGGCAGGAGUCCUUUAGAGGGCUGAGUCCUGGGCCUUUGAGGUACAGUGAUCUCCAGAAAGAAUCAGAAGUCAUUCAGAUUCAGGCUCAGGUACUUAGGUGGGUGACCCAGCCAAGUAGUAGUAUUUUAAGCCAAAAAUGGGGCAUAAAGUCAAGAGACAGAGUUUUUGGUUGAUACAUUAAUAAUAACCAGAGACAGUCCCAGAUCAGAAGUUUAAAAAAAAUGUUCUAAGCAAUGGUAACAUCUUUGGAAUCAGUGUGUAGUGAUUUAAGUUUAUAUAUGUUUGUCAAUUUAUUUAUAGUCUUGCUACUUUAUAGCCACAAGUGUCAUUAAAAAAAAAAAAAAAGCAAAAAACCUCUAGUCUCGGGUUCCCUGAUUUAAGCACAAAUAAACAGGAAAACUGUCCCCCCAGAAAUGUAGGAUUAUGUGAUUUUCAGAACUUUUCCAUUUUUCAGAGUUGAGUAUCUUUUCUUUUAAAAGAAACAAAGGAAGAAAACAGCUAUGUUAUUCCUGGAGGAAAAAAAGAGUUUCCUUCCAAAAGAGAGAAAGCCCUGCAGUCCCUAACCACCUCAACACUAAUUUGGCUCUCUUAAGGAGAGAGGAAUUACUCAUUGUGUCUUUAUUGGGGAGAGGUGGGCAAUGCCAAUGAGAAAUUUAUUCAUCUUUCCUAUUUUAUAUAAUUUGUGAAAAGUCCUGCUCUUGUUUAACAAAUGCUGUGCCUUUAGGGGCCUCCAAAGGGGGUCAAGUGUAAUGAUAAAUAAGGUUUGAUGAUAAAUGGCAGUGACAUGCCUUCUUAGUGUUAGCGAGACAGUAAGGCAUGCUGGGGACUACAGCAAGCUGAAACCCUCCUGUCCCACUUAUAGAGGGCAGCACUCCAGCCAGUUGUGACCAUGGAGUGUUUCCUUAUUUUUCCAUUUUUCAAGAGAAGCUGAGAAUCUGGAUUUUUAUAUGAAAAUUCUGAUUUUUUUUUUUUUUUUUUUAGUAUUGGCAACUAAA